UCACAUACACACACACACACUGUACAUCAGUCGCGCUGCCAACAUGUUUCUGCUCGGAUUCAGCCUCUGCCUGGCCGUCGUCCACGGGAUUGUGCCCGAAAUACCCAAAACAGACAUGGACAUCAUUGCAAACAUGGAGACAAAUGCAGCAGAGGGGCAAACGAUGAGUGACGUGUUGAAAGAGGUGGAGGAACUGAUGGAGGACACGCAGCACAAGCUGGAGGACGCGGUGCAUCAGAUGGACAAUGAGACAGCAAAAUCAAGCCUCCAUCCACAGAAUGUCUCUUCAAACCUCCAAAAUUACAGCGCUAUAGAAACCAUAGCUGGGAAUCAAUCCAUUUCUAUCGGAGAGAGAAUCAAUAAGACAACAGACAAUUCAACGGAAGAGACAAACAACUCGUCAUCAAUACAGCCCAGAGACAAAGAGAACAGCGUCAAUCACGAGUGUGUCAUUGACGAAGACUGUGAGAAGGGCAAGUACUGCCUCUAUGAGACGCACAGCUCAAAGUGUCUGCCAUGCAAACAGCUUGAUGCGUCAUGCACCAAAGACGAAGAGUGCUGUGCAGGACAGUUGUGUGUUUGGGGUCAGUGCACCAUCAACAUCACGAAGGGGGAUGCAGGAACCAUCUGUCAGUAUCAGACUGAUUGUAAGGAGGAUUUCUGCUGUGCCUUUCAUAAAGCCUUGCUAUUCCCAGUGUGCAUCGCUAAGCCAAUAGAACGUGAGCGCUGCAUCAUUUCAGCCAAUCACCUGAUGGAGCUGCUGUCGUGGGAUAUGGAGGGGGAGGGGCCUCAAGAGCACUGCCCAUGUGCUGGAGACCUGCAGUGCCAACAUCGCGGCCGUGGUGCGCUGUGUCUGAAGAGCCAGAACUCCAGCGAGGAGGAGCUCACCGACACACUUUACUCUGAGAUCGACUACAUCGUCUGAGACUUCAACACAAAGACGAAGAAGAGCCGCUCAAACGCUUCAUCAUAACUCCACAGCUUUAUAGAAAAUUACUCCUUCCUUGUAGAAAUAAAUACCACAUUCACCGACAAGCCCUGAAAUGCAGCUGUGAAUAUUCACUGAGAGCCUGAAUGUAAAAGACUGUUCACACUGACAUCUGUGUAAAAGCGUCAAGCUGAUUCAUCAAGUGACAGCAAGAGCUAAAUAAAUAACUUUAAAUCGAGACUGAAUGUAAAUCAAAUGUCAGUGUUAUCAGCAGCUUUGAAGAUCGAUAGUGGGUUUUAAAGGGAUAGAAAAAUUCUGACAUCACUGACUCAUCCUUCACCUUUCACGAACCUGUUUGAGUUUCUUCAGUUUUUAAAGAUAUUUUGAAGAAUGUUGAAACCGUUGAUGGGCAGCAUGGUGGCUCAGUGGUUAGCACUGCCGCCUCAGUAAGAAGGUCACUGAUUCGAGUCCCAGCUGGGUCAGUUGGCAUCUCUGUGUAGAGUUUGCAUGUUCUACCCAUGUUGGCGUGGGUUUCCUCCGGGUGCUCCGGUUACCCCCACAGUCCAAAGACAUGCACUAUAGGUGAAUUGAAUGAGCUAAAUUGGAUGCAGUGUAUGUGUGUGAAUGUGAGUGUGUUUCCCAAUACUGGGUUGCAGCUGGAAGGGCAUCCGCUGUGUAAAACAUAUGCUGGAAUAGCUGGCUGUUCAUUCCGCUGUGGUGACCCCUGAUGUAUAAAGGAACUAAGCCGAAGGAAAAUGAAUGGUUCCUAUUGACUUCCAGAGUAGUGAAAAAAAAAUAUGGAAGUCAAUGGUUACAGGCUUCCAACAUUCUUCAAAAUAUCUUUUAAACAAAAGAAAAAAAAACUCUAGGUUUUGAAUAAGUCAAGGGUGAGUAAAUGAGAGAAUUUUCAUUUUUGGGUGAACUAACCCUUUUUAAGCACUGGGCAGAAGCACUUAUUAUUAAUGUACAGUACUAACACUUGAAAAAUAUGUCUGGCAGAGAAAACAUGAAGACUAGCUUUAAUAAGAUCCAGUUCAUCUCAAUUACACAUAGUAGCGAAAGUAACACUGUAAGCUGAAUUAAGCCUCAUGUAAUCUCCCUAUAGGCAAUAUAAAUACCAUAAAUUCACUCCAGAAAAAUAAAAA